AUGAGUUCUCAUAUUACUAGUACACAACUUACUCCCGCUGCCUCCAAUGGUCAAGGAAAGAAACGACGCCUUGAGGAAGAAGAUCAACAAACUCCAGAUCAAAAUGAUCAUCCCGACGAUAGAGAUUCAUCAGAUGAUGAAAGCACUGAUGGUGAUCUUACACAAGAAGAUAUCCUACGUCGUAAGAAAAGGAAAGCCGCGAAUCUGAAGGUGCUUACUCAGAUCAGACACCGAGAUGAAGGCAUUGGCAAAAUAGCUGGAUCACACCCUAUUCCGAAAGCAGCAACUCCUCUGGCGAGAGCGAUUCAAGAAUUCGCUCGCAUGCUCAUGGGGAUUCCGCGCAAGGCCAGGGGAUCUUCGGCUUUGGAAGAUGCUGCAGUUCAAAAGCUACCGGACCCUCCUUCUGAAACUGAACGACAUGAUUGGGAAACACGAAGACAAAGACGAGAAAACUAUAUUCGAGAAGCGCAGGAGAAAGCCAUGGAAAAAUACCUUUCGAAAAAACCGGGCGGCUUCAAACCCAACCAAAAGCAGAAGAAGAUGGUAGAAAAGGACGCAGCAGAAAGCGCUACUCUCAAAAAGCCCAUGCAACCUGUCAUCUUCAAGUCGCGUGUGUUGCACAAUACUCGUACUCGAUACCCACACCAUUUCAUAACUCAGUGUGAGGCAACCUUAGCUAUGGCAGGUUUUCCUCGGUGUACCUUUGAUUGGGAGGCAUCAUACGAUACCCCUUGGAAUUCCGCAACCUCGACAAUUCUAUUGUCUCAUUGGCUUAAAGCCUACGAAGCCAACGAUGCGAGUAAGUUUGGUAUCACUGUCAAGGAUAAUACCCCGUCCAACCGCGAAGAAGUUCUCCGACGCUGGGUUUUCAACAAGGGUACAGAUUAUCGUGAACAAACUCGAAAUUGCAAGCUGAUGGAGACUCCAGCGGGUCAGAGGAUACUUAGUGAUAACAUCACCAUCGCUCAAACUGCGACAAGCAAGAGACGUAACAGAUCCAAGAUAUACGAAGCAAGACUGGAAAAUGCUAUCAGAUUGUUUGGGGAAGACUCACCAGAGGUUGAGAUGUUAUCUCACCAUGACAUUCAUUCCGACGAUGAACUCAUCACGACGAAUUCGUGCGGCACUCGUCAGAAGUUAAGGCUCGAAUGGCGAAGUUCGGAAUUGGAUACAUUGAUUAGUUUGCUCGACCAGGCCCAUUGGAAGCGCAGGAGAAUCCCAAAAGACAUCAGAAACGCAAAAAGAACGGUCGAAAGAGGUGUAUACGCACCUGUCCCCGAUCAAGAUCGUUUCCCGCCCAAAGGCUUUCAAUUGUCUCUCAUCUCGCCAAACUGGUACGACCUGCAAGAAGGGUUGAUCAUAGAGGAAUUGAAUUUGAAUGAGAGAAAUCCCGUAAACAUAAGAAGCGCUAUCGAAGAUGUCAUGAGAUCUUUUAUGUCUCGUGCCAAUUUGGCUGCUCAAGAACUAGGGGGGACUGGGUCUAGCUCAAUGAUGAACGCUUGA